AUGACUCAGUCUGAUAUGAAAGUUGUGCUUAUUUCAAGCGACGAUGAACGAUUCGUUGUUGAUCGCAAAGUUGCGGAGAAGUCCCUCAUGAUCAAGAAUAUGCUUAAACAUGUGGGUAACAAUAACAACGACGACGAUAGCGACGAAGAAGAGGACGACGAUGAUCAGAACUCCGAACCAUAUGAGAUUCCAAUCAGCUCUGUGCGCGGAUCCGUGAUGAAACACGUUCUGGACUGGUGCGAGCACUACAAGAACGUUGACUUCCCCACGAACGACGACGGAGAUUUGAUCGCAGAACACCCUGUCAGCGACUGGGACAAAGAGUUCCUGACAGUCGACCAGGAGAUGUUAUAUGGAAUCAUUUUGGCAGCUAACUACUUCAACAUCAAGCCGUUGUUGGACAGGGCAUGUCAGCAGGUGGCCAACAUGAUCAAGGGAAAGAGUCCAGAGGAGAUAAGGAAAACUUUCAAUAUCUCCAAUGAUUUCACUGCAGAGGAGGAGGCUGCAAUCAGAAGGGAGAAUGAAUGGGCUGAGGAUCGCUGA